AUGGGAAAUCAACUGAGCACUGAAGUGAAAACUGAAUUUGACGGUGUAGGAGGCGCUCCGGAUUUAUCACCACCCCAUCCUUCUCAUCCACCAUAUACUCCUCAGUCCUCUGAUAUUGUCUUCUCGAGUCAAGUGCCCCCAUCCGCAACUCGUCUGCCUCCUAGUCCGACUCAUCAACAGUAUAAUCAAUUAGACAUCGAAAUGUCUAGCUCACCUCUCCCACAACAGCCGGCUACGAUGUUGCCGAAGCAGGGCGCCGAAGUCGAAAUACCUGAAUCUCCAGAUUAUAAACAGCAGAUUUCAACACCAGUUCCUGGAUCAAGCAAGCCCAAGAAACGAAGAGGUGGAAAUCGACCCAGCCUAAUAUCACAACCCCGCUUCCUCGAUUCCGAUAAUGCAGUGGAUAACGAAACAAGCGUUAAUAGUUCCUCACCAGGCGCCGAGGAAGGUUCUCUCAGUGCACGCCGAAAGCGUAAGAAGAGGAAUGAAAUGCGCCGAAAGAAACCACGAUUGCAAGCAUCUCCUGAUUUAGGCAACCUUGAAAUGCCUAACGAUCCCAUUCAAUCCUUAGAAGCCGAUGAAGUCCAAGAGACUCAACAAGGUCCCAUCAUUGGCUUGCAUACUACCAAUAGUACGACUACAGAGUCUACACCAUCAAGGGCCUUGUUGUCAAAGAAACGCAAGAUACUGGGCUCGGCUAGUAAGGACAGAAAGAGACAAAAGCGCGACAGCAGUGGAAACCUUGGAGUGAAUUCGGCAACUUCAUUCAGUGGUCUUGCUGAGAGUCUCUAUGCCGGUCGCAGGAAGAACAGAAAGGCUCUGGAAGUCAUUGAGGAUGACUCCAUGGACACCAGCGCCCCAAGAGUGUCGCCGGACAACCUUAGGCAAGAAUCCAUAUCACACGAUUCUUCGGUCUCCGAUUUGAACGCGAAUGGUGACGGUCCAAACCUCGGACAGGUUAUACACCCUAGCACAGAAUCCAACGAGAUGGAGAUAGGGUCAUCCGAGGAUAGUUCGUCCGAUGAUAACCAGAAUCAUGUUACUAAUCGAGAUAGCGAUGGUGAAGAGCCAGAAUCUGAUAAGGGGAGCGAUGGCAGGGGAGAACAAAAGAGUAUUAGCGAUAGAAAUUUAGUCUCCCAGACUAUGCCUAACGCCGAUACCACUAAUGAUGAGUAUCCACCGGAUUUUGAAGAUAUCCAUAACAGUAGCAGUAUCGGUCUUCGGCCUAAGCAAAGCUCGGCACGAAAGCGUGUUGCCAAGCCGACAUUUUUCGAACGUGAGGCAGAGGGCGAUGCCAACAGUUUACCUAAACAGGCUUCUUCCUCUUCCGCCACAGAAAAGAAACAAGCCAAAAUCUCGGCUAUGCUCCAAGGAAAUGGCGUUAAUACUCCCACACCAAGGAAAACCCCAUCCAAACGUCGAGCACCCCCGAAGGAGACGCAACCUCAUGAAUUGGUUACUGGCCAAUUUAGUGACUUCGAGCUUCGUAACAUUACUCAGGCCGUUGAACGUUGGAGAGAUGACCACAACUUGACUCAAUCCGAAGUGAAUGAUCUUAUUCAGGGCAACCCCCGAGAAGUCAAAUCCCAAGAAUUUUGGGCUCGCAUUGUGGCUACUUGCCCAAACCGUCGUCGUCAGAAAGUGAUAAAUCAGUGCCGUCGAAAGUUCCACAACUUUGUUGCUCGUGGUGCAUGGACUCCGGAGCAGCACGACGAAUUAAAGAAGAUGUGGGAGAUACAUGGAUCCAAGUAUGCCGUAAUUGGAAAGCUCAUCAAUCGUCAUCCCGAAGACGUACGGGAUCGCAUACGAAAUUACGUCGUAUGUGGCGAGACUCGGCGCGUUGACCCAUGGACUUAUGACGAAGAAGAAAAACUCCGGUCAAUAAUAUCCGACGCCGUCAAAGUAAUUCGGGAUCGUCGCCAAGAAGGACAUAUUGUAUCAAAUGAGUCCGAUGAGGAUCUGAUUGAUUGGCAAAGAGUCAGCGAGUUGAUGGAGCGAACACGUAGCCGACUCCAGUGUAUUCAGAAGUGGAAGCUUAUGCAGAAGCAAGUGCAAGAUGGUGUUGGUAGCAUAGACGGCGGUGAGAAUCUUCCAAUCGGUCAGAUCAUUCAGAAUGCUCGGGACGAGGCAGAAACAACAUCAAGCCGAGACCGAUAUAGCAUUGUCAAAGCUAUUCGAACCUUCGGUGUCAACGCAGACGGUCGUAUUCCGUGGGCGAAGGUUAGAAAGCAGCUGGGUGGUCGUUGGCAGCGUCCUACAAUCAUCUUAGUCUGGUACCGCUUGAAGCAUUCCGUCCCCGACCAUGGUAUCAUGACUGUCCCUGAGAUUAUCAAACAGCUCAGUGUGAAGUAUCAUGAGACCAAAGAGCUCGAUUUCCCAAGUGGCGAGGACUAUGAUCAAAAUGCGGAAUAUAGUGAAAUCGAGCGCAAGGUCAACAAGAUCUUAAGUAAGACUCAGCGCGGACCAAAGACUCCAGCCACCGUUGUUAAGACCGACGAUGAGGAUGAUGAUGAGGACGACAAUGAGGACGACAACGACGACGAUAACGACAAGGAGAUCGCGAACGAUAAUAAGGAAAAUGGCGCAGAUGAAGACAGCCAGGAGGAAGAUGCAGAAAGCAACGAGGAAGAUCAGCAGAUUGGAGAGAAUAAGGAUAAGGCUGAGAACGAGAAGAGCAAAGGCAGCGUUCAAAGUAGAGGCGAGAGUGACGAUGAGAGUGCUUCUAGUGACCAAUCGGAGGACGAAGAGCUCCCAGAGCAAGUUAGAACGGAACAUACCUCUGAUGACAGCAAUAACCUAGGAAACAAUGUGGAAGAAGACGAAAACUUCCAUCGCGAAUCUUCGAUUGAGUCUCCUAUCGCCAAUAUUAGGUCACGGAGAGCUUUUAAAAGCCAGAAGCGUCAUAGCUUAUCCAGCAAAGCCACAACUUCUCGAACUCCAAUUUCCAGCAAGCGCAAGGUUGCCACGAAAAUGAACGAACCCAGUGAUAACGAGCAAGGCUUGGAUGUUGAGGAAGAACUGAGCAGCGAUACAAACGCAAGCGAAGUGGAGAGCAUUCCGGCACAUUUGUAA